UUGCAUGAUGGCGGGCUGCUCUAAGGUGACUGAAAACCUGUGACAGAAAGUUGUCCAGACAAAGACCAAAAGGAUGAUGCUUUCAGCUAUUGCAAGAGAAGCUGAUCAUUCAGAAUCUGUGAUUUCUAGAAAAUUGCAAGGUUACAAUGACAUUAAUUCAAGUUCCCCAAAAAGGCUUACUGUCCACGGAAGACAAAUGAAUGCGAAGACAGCACAAUGCGGAGACUCGAUGGAGAAUCGGUUCAACACUGCAGCUUGAAUUGCUGUCCAGUGCAGUGCUGAACAGGAUAAGGAUCUGUCUCUGCAAGUUUAAGAGAAUUCAGACUGAAAGUGCUCGCUGCAGUGAUGAAGCCUCGUCAAAUAGCUGAACUCACCUUUGCUGAGGAGCAUGUUGUAUGAAGAGAACUGGUUCAAAGUUCACUUUAGUUAUGAGAGCAAGUUACAUUAAUUUGGGUCUGAUGGAAAACAUUUUCUUCAACUGGGGAAAGACCCUCAAGUUUCAUGGUUUGUAGGAUGUUUUCUGCAGUUGGGUCUCUUAUACAGAUACAUGGCAGUUAAAAGCAAAUGUUUUUUUCUGAAUCUCCUUCAGCAACAUGCAAUUCUUUCCCUGCAGCUUCUUCCCAUCAGCCUGCAAUUUUCAUGCAAUGCCACACUGAAAAAUGGGGAAAGCAGUUCCUUGAUGAUAAAACAUAGAAAUAAUGAAAGAGCGGGCCCAGAGUCCUGAUCUAAACCCAUUUGAAAAUCUUCAUCAAAGUUAUAGCUAAGAAACCCACUAAAGUUACCGAGCUAUGGAAGAGACCGGAAGAAGAAUGGACUAAGAUCACACCACUAUUGUGUGUGAAUAUAAUGAGAUACUGUGGCUGCAGAUGUGUCAUUCAAAGCAAGGGCCUCUACACUUUUUACUAAUUUCUGACAGCUGUAACCUUCCGAGAGUUUAGACUUUUCAUGGACCCAGUGAACAGUGCGGAGCACAGCAGUCGUGUACUUCCUGAAGGCACAAGAUGUUGUAGCGUACAUGGCCUGUAGUUGGCGAUAAAUGGACUCGCGCUGCUCCAUCUGCUCCACCAGAAGAAGAGGGAGAUUCAAAACACAGCUGCUGUGACAGCGAUAGAGUUAUCAACAUGUGCGAUGGCAACAUCAGCUGUGCAGUCGUUCGAAUCGAACCUCUUCACGAGCGCUGGGACCUAGUGGAACGUUGUGCAGAAUUACUCAGUACCCAAUGGCAGCGCAGCAUGGGGGCUCGAAUUCACUCGCUCCGUCAGUCGAGCCACAGCUAUCCAGUGUGUCUCCUGCUGCUGAAUGGGGAGAGACAGACUCAAGACGAGAAGCUGAUAGGACAUGCCCGCUUGUCCUGCGUUCUGGGGAGCCGUAGUCUGUUUGUGGAGUCGGUCGUGGUGUGCACCACAUUACGAGGGAAGGGUUAUGGCCGUAUCCUGAUGGAGGGUGUUGAGCGGUAUGCCAAAGGACGGGGCUGCACCCGAUUGUGUCUUACCACCCAUGAUAAACAGCACUUCUAUGCCCAUCUAGGGUUUGUGCUGUCCAAACCUGUCCAAAGUGUUGGGACGCUGGCCUCCUUCAUGCCCAUGGAGGUGCUUCACAAGUUCUGUAAAAGCACAGAGAAGGAGGAAGAAGGGAAGAAGAGUGAUGCUGAUUUUAACAAUCCUGCAUCAACUGUACCUUCCAUUUUACCACCACCUCUUCCUCAUCUUCCUCCUCCUCCUCCACUCUCCAGUCCUCCUCCACCACCUCCUCUACUCUCCAGUCCUCCUGCUCCUCCACCUCUUCCAUCUUGUCCUCCAUCAUCCUUGGCUCAAGUUACACAGACUCUGGAGCAAACGCCGUACACUGACAACAGAGGGCUGCCCAUCUUCUGGAUGCACAAGGACAUCUGAGACUCUUCAGUCUGUAAUAAUUCAGGGAUACGCAAUUACAGUGUUUACAGGACAAGAAGGAUCUCAUAAACCUGAACUGUUUGAACUGUAAUGACUCAAAAUACUGUGACAAUCUGAAAGUGCCUUCAUACAAAUGUUUCCUUUGUUUUAACUGCUGAAAAAAAUAAUAAUUGAAAGGAUGUAUCUUAUCACAUCUCUCUAAAACAAAUUUCACUGGUGAGAUUAUGAGCUACUUUUAAUGGAUUGCAUCAAAAUAAAAAUUUUCUAUAAACUUUUCA